GGGCCCGGCGGGGCCUGCUUCCUCAGUAAAAAAAUCCAAAGCUGAUAGCAUUAGCACUGUCCCGUUUUUCACUCUCGCCCUUUGGUAUUGUAGCACAGCACUGCGCAUGCCUCUUUAAGCUAAAGCAGGAUGUACUCACGCCUCCCAAACCGGCAACCAAUCACAAGCUGCAAAACCUUCUGUUCUGACGCGUUCCUUUGUGUGUGGGCGGCAGGCUUGAAGAGGAAUCCUGUCACAUGGUGCUAAUUAUCUGGCAGCAGUUGCUUUAAAUGUGCGCGCCAGACCUUCAGGCAAGCGUCCCUGCUAUUGCACAAUGCCCUUUGACUUUAGGAGUCCAAAAAUCGUAUAACCCGGUCAUGUCAACAGUUAAUAUAUGGCUGUACAAUGGAACGUGGACUCCAGUGACACAGGAGGACCAGAGGCAGAGGCCGACCAUUUAAUUGGACAGAAUCAGCUGUUAUACCAAGCUGCGCCCUUCUCUACCACCUGUUGCCUCAUCACAUAGCUUAGAUCCCUGUGUUGGCCAUUUAACUUGGCCCAGCUGUGCCUCACAGUCAACAAACUGCAGUCGGGACACUCAGCAGCAGCAGCUAAACCUUCCUCUCUUCUUGUCUCUCCAAAUGGGUUCUAUAGUGGCCACGCUCUUGCUACCAACAAUCAGCAGCAUGGCAUUUCUGCCAACCAUUAGCAUAGCCGCCAAGAGGAAGUUUCACAUGGAAGCCAUGGUCUAUUUUUUCACAAUGUUCUUCAUUGCGAUCUUCCAUGCCUGUGAAGGGCCUGGCUUGUCUUUCCUGUGCUUUAUGAGAUAUGAUAUCCUGGAGUACUUCAGUAUUUAUGGCACAGCCCUCUCCAUGUGGGUGUCUUUAAUAGCACUGGCUGAUUUUGAUGAACCCAAGAGGUCCACCCUCGUGAUGUUCGGAGUUCUCACCAUUGCAGUUAGAAUCUACCAGGAUCGUUUGGGCUACGGCGUCUACUCCGGCCCCAUUGGGACUGCCGUGCUUAUGAUCACCAUCAAAUGGCUCACCAAAAUGAAAGAGACAAAGAAACUAUAUCCAGAUAAAAGCGUUUAUACUCAGCAGAUCGGACCAGGAUUCUGCUUUGGAGCACUGGCUUUGAUGCUACGAUUCUUUUUCGAGGAAUGGGAUUACACAUACGUGCACAGCUUUUAUCACUGCUCCUUGUCAAUGUCCUUUGUGCUGCUGCUCCCCAAAGUCAACAAGAAAGCGGGAAAUGGGGGUGACCCUGCCAAAAUGAACUGCUCCACCUUCUGCUGCUGUAUCUGAAUGAAAAGGAUUCGAUCUACAUGGGUGGGAAUAAACGGGAUGCUAAGUCAAAGAGCAAGAAAGCAAACUAAGUCACUUAUUGAUUUCUUCUUAAUGAACAUGUAUUGAGGCCUCAUCCAACAUAACGCAAGCAGAUGAGAUUUUCAGACCCACCUCGGUAAAAACCGAAAGGUACUGUAUUUCACAGGGUUCUUUUUCAUAAGAUGGACAACCCAGAAGCAAAAACCCUUGACAAAAUAUCCAUGUUUACCUCACUCUAAAACUAAUACUCGCUUCCACGUUUUUAACUCUUUAUCAAUUAUUUUACUCAUAAAAUGUUUGAGCGACAAAACAUCAGAACAUAAUCGAGCAUCAAUUUGUUUUGUACGAUUGAGGCAUCAAAAACUCAAGUUCUUCAUAUUAUCGUCCGAAAACCCGGACUUCUUCGGAUUAUCCAGCACAGAUCGCUAUGUCAUGAAACAAGUUCAGGGACAUCUGCCUUUGACUUCUACAUGAUAUUGACAGGUUUGAGAUGGAGUAUUUAUGGAUUCAAAUUUUUACAACUUUGGGGUAUGGUUGGGGAUAUCAGGGCUGGGUCAAGCCGACCGGGCGCCCUUGGCAACCCAAUUGGCGCUUGCCAUUACGGAGGGGGAAGGCAACAAAUGGGAGGGAGGAAGGUCAGGGGAGGAGGUAGCGCAAAGCAUCAGAGGGGAGGGAGGUAGGAAGGGGCAGGAAAGUGACAGAGGAGGGAGGCAAGAGGGGAGCAAACCGGGCUCGGACUAGGCAGAAGAAAAUUUAAGAGGUAGCCCUUAUUGUUGUGCCCUAGGCAGGUACCUCUUCUGCCUACCCCUGGGGGAUAUGAUCUAGAAAAAUUCAAGGUUUUUUUUGUUUUGUGGUUUCCCCUAAAAAGCUCGACCAGAAAUAAUUGAGGUUUAAUAAAUGGGCCCCUAAGGGGCAUAUUUAUCAACUGUUAAAAUAGAGUUCUUCAUAGGUCACCAUAUGGAAUUUAAAGGACACAUUUAUCAAAUGGUGAAAGUAAAAUUAUAUGUAGUUUCACUCUUUGAUAAAUACGACACACACCAAUCCGAGGGAAUUGAACAGAGAGAUGAGAAUCGUCCCUCUCGCCAACUUGGUUUUAAUGUGUUCCAUCAGCACCGGGUACAAAAAAAAGUGAGAGAGUUUUUAGAUUUUCAGGAGUGACAAUAUUAAUGGCACAUGAGGUUGUACAAAAUCACCUCUUACGCGGAUAACACAAUGGCGAAACAGUUGAGUAACUGCCGUACAACAAACCAGGCAGUUGCAGUUUCUUCCAACUCCCCAGAUCGAGGUUUAAUAAACGGGCCCCUAAAAGUUUACAGAAUUCCAAUCAGUUCUGAGAUCAUUCAGUCAAAUCCAACAAAAUUCCACAAAAUUUUCCUUUGACUUCCUAUAACUAAUGUCAAAAUGCAUAUAUUUUACAAUGUUGUACUCAAAGGGGUUGUUCACCUUUAAAUGAACUGUUAGUAUGAUGUAGA